AUGGUCGGUCUUACAAAAGAACAGUUAAGUACAUUUGAAAGGGAAGGAAUGUUGUGCAUCCCUGAUUUUCUUACACCCGAGCAAACAGCCAAAUUAUUGGCAGAAUCGAAAACACUCUUAUCUAAUUGUGACUUAUCGACACAUCCGAAAACAACAUUCAAAACUGCCGAUGACGACCACAUUGGUGAUAAAUAUUUUUUUGAGUCGUCUGAUAAAGUUUCAUUUUUCUUUGAUACUGACGCAUUUGAUAAAGAUGGGAAUUUGCAAGUUGAUUUAUCCAAAGCAAUAAACAAAAUAGGGCAUGGAUUACACAUUCAUAAUCAAUUAUUUCAAGAAACUACUUUUGAUAAGAAAGUACAAGACAUUGCUAGAAGCUUGGAAUUUAAAGAUCCCAGAGUUUUACAGAGUAUGUGUAUUUUCAAGCAACCAACAACAAAGACAUCCAACAAUUCCAGAGAUAAUGCUGUCCCACCUCACACUGACGCUACGUUUUUAUACACUGAUCCACAAACUGCCAUUGGCUUUUGGUACGCGCUAGAGGAUUGUACUUUGGACAAUGGAUGUUUAGCAUAUAUUGCGGGUUCACAUAAGAAAUACCCUGUGACGAAAAGAUUUGUUAGAGUUGAAGGUGGUGCCAAAGGUUGUAAUUUCAAAUACUUGAAUGAUAAGGAGCAGGAACCUGUUAUUGAAGAGGAGGAGUAUAAAUACGUUCCUUGUAAAGCUGGUUCUUUGAUCCUAAUUCAUAAUUCUGUUUUGCACAAGUCUGAAAAGAAUGCUUCUGACAAGUCACGUUACGCUUAUGCAUUUCAUGUAAUUGAUGGUACCGCCCAAUACGAUCAAUUGAAUUGGUUACAAGUUCCUUAUACUGGUGGUACUAAUUUUUCGAAAUUAUACAAUAAAGAGUAA